AUGGCGUCAAAUUUCUUCAACAACAAAGCUAGAGCUGCUGCUGCCGCUUCGGCGGCGGCUUCAGGAAACUCGAAGCAAAAGACAUCAGAGAAUGCGGAAGAGAAAGCGCGUUUACAGCCAUGGGUUGAGAAAUAUCGUCCCAAAUCCCUAGACGACGUCGCAGCGCAAGAUCACACAACCACAGUUCUCCAACGAACAUUACAAGCUUCAAACCUCCCACACAUGCUUUUCUACGGGCCCCCCGGAACUGGCAAAACAUCCACCAUCCUCGCCCUCGCAAAAUCCCUCUUCGGCCCAACCCUCUACCGCACCCGCAUCCUCGAACUCAACGCCUCCGACGAACGAGGCAUCAACAUCGUCCGUGAAAAGAUCAAAGACUUCGCACGCACCCAACUCUCUCAACCAAGCGGCCUCGACGCCGCCUAUAGAGAAAAAUACCCCUGCCCACCAUUCAAAAUCAUCAUCCUCGAUGAGGCGGAUAGUAUGACACAAGACGCACAAUCAGCGCUCAGGCGAACGAUGGAACAAUACAGUCGUAUUACACGGUUUUGUCUUGUUUGUAAUUAUGUGACCAGAAUCAUUGAGCCGCUGGCGAGUCGAUGCAGCAAGUUCCGCUUCAAGGCGCUGGAUGGCGUGUCAGCGGGUGAUCGGAUAAGCGAGAUUGCCGCAGCGGAGGGAUUGACGCUUGAUGAGGGUGUUGUUGAGACGUUGAUCAGGUGUAGUGAGGGUGAUUUGCGUCGGGCUAUUACAUACCUCCAAAGUGCGGCGAGGUUGGUGGGAGCAACACAACCAGUUAAAAAAGAUUCACAAGAUGAUACGGAGAUGACGGAUGCAGAUAGUGCGCCUGCAUUGAUUACGGUGCGAACUGUGGAAGAGAUUGCGGGCGUUGUACCAGAAAGCGUGCUAGACAAAUUGAUGCAGGCCAUGCAACCGAAGAAGAUGGGAUCGGCGUACGAGGCUGUUGCGGCGGUUGUCUCGGAUAUUGUCGCUGAUGGUUGGAGUGCCACACAAAUAUUGACCCAGUUAUACCGCCGCAUUGUCUUUAACGACGCUAUCCCAGAUAUCCAGAAGAAUAAAAUUGUCAUGGUAUUCUCAGAGAUGGACAAAAGGUUACUCGAUGGUUCGGAUGAGCAUCUCUCUAUUCUAGAUAUGGUUCUGAAAAUUUCGGGUAUUCUUGGUUCCUAA